AUGGCUGUUUCAAUUGCUGCUUUAACCACAAAAGGGAACCCACUGCCAAAUGGAGUCUUGCAAAAGAUGUUAGAGGCUUGUGAUCAAGUUCUUGAUCUUGAUUCCGCAAGGACCAAGGUUCUUGAAUUUGUUGAAAGUAAGAUGGGAUCUGUGGCACCAAAUCUCUCGGCCAUUGUUGGGAGUGCUGUUGCAGCCAAGCUCAUGGGAACAGCUGGAGGUUUCACGGCACUUGCAAAAAUGCCUGCUUGUGAUGUUCAAGUUCUUGGCCACAAGAGGAAGAACCUUGUUGGAUUCACAUUAGUGUUAGAGUCACCAAAAAACUCAAAGAAAGACGAUAUACAGAUGAAAAAGGUGGGACUCGGUGCUUUUGCACUGGGUGCACACCCCAAAGGCCGGACCUGGCAGGGAAUAGAGUUGUGCAAUCUUCAGGCAUUAGGAUUAGGCAGUGGGAUUCAAAGCACUUACUUCUCAGAGGCAGGAACUUUCUCCAAAUUCGAAUAA